AUGACGGAGAGAGCGGACUCUCUUCGGGCGUUGGUGGACUUAGGCGCUCCGAACAACUUUGUUCGACAGCAAUUAUUUCUGCCGUUGUUGGACUUCGAGGAGAAGCAUACCGAGAAGCGCGCAAUUCCGGCACGCCUCUCGUACAAACAUCCGGUGUUUGUGGAAGCCCUUAUCAUCCUGGCCUUGGACGACAAGUUCGACAUGGUGUUAGGCAUGUGGUGGCUUGCACGGCAUGAUCCCAUCUUCGACUGGGAGAAGCGUACGGCCGUACGCUUCAAACUCCUUGACGCAACAGAGAGCGACGACCCUGAUACACCUAGCGGUGCAUCCGAACCUCUUAUAGAGAAAGUGGUUCGCGUCUCUGUCUUCUGGUGUAGCGCGCGGGCUGUAAUGGAGUCGUUGACAGGAACGAGUGUCUGGUCAGGAACCAGACACUACCAAGAAAUUAUCCGCCGUGAGGCGUCGAAGUGA